AUGUGCUGGUUUUCUACACGUUAAUGUUCCUGCUGGACAUGUUAUACAAAGGAGUUGAGCAUUUGUCACUCACUUUCUUUAUGUAGUGUAAGCUAAAAAAGUUGUAUGCAUGUAAUUAAUUAAAUAGGAGUGUAUAGUUUACAGUCAGUGAGAUAGAUCUGUGCUGUAGAUGUGACUAAUAUAUAGAUAUCAGUCCUUAAAACAUGUGGAUAUUAUAAUUGUAUACUGAACUGUGAUAUUGUUGUAAACUAACUGUCGGGGACAUGCCAGGAAAGCAAAAGUCCUUCUGUUGGUGUUUCGGAGGACGGCCUCCGGAAAUCACGUAUGGAAUAGAAAAUGGUGCCCCCCUCAAGGCCAUGGCGGUGGAUGUACCCAUGCCGACGGACGAGGAGGAACUGAAUGCCAAAUUUGAUGAAAUUGUUGCAGAGUUGGAUGUGGACAAACCCCACAGGGAUGCCUUGUACAGCUUACCCCCAGAGAAGAAAUGGCAGCUCUACUGUAGCAGGGUGCAGGACAGAGAUAAUACCUCAGCAGAUAGCUACGUGGACAAAAUCAAGGCAUUAUUUCAAAACACGGUUAGCUUUGACGUUGAGGAGGAAGAUGCACGACAUAAGCAGAUGGACAACCUGAAAACUGCCCUCCGCACACAGCCAAUGAGUUUUGUGACACGGUUUAUUGAGCUGGAAGGUCUGCAGAGUCUCCUGAACUUUCUGGAGAAGAUGAACUACGAGUCACUACAGGGCAACACACAUACAGCAGCCAUUGGCUGUAUCAAGGCUCUCAUGAACAACUCGCAAGGACGAGCACAUGUGCUGGCCCAUCCCAACUGUAUCAACAUCAUCGCCCAGAGUCUGGCCACGGAGAACAUCCGUACCAAGGUAGCCGUGCUGGAGAUCUGUGGAGCGGUCUGCCUUGUCCCUGGUGGCCAUAAAAAGGUCCUUGAAGCAUUGCUUCAUUUCCAGAAAUUCUCAGCAGAACGAACCAGGUUCCAGACCUUGAUAAACGACCUUGACCGCAGUACCGGUGUUUACAAGGAGGAGGUGAGCCUGAAAACAGCCAUCAUGUCUUUCAUCAAUGCUGCACUGCGAUAUGGAUCAGGACAGGAUCACCUUGAGUUCCGUUUACACCUGCGGUACGAGUUCCUUAUGUUAGGGAUCCAGCCAAUCAUAGACAAGUUGAGGAAACAUGAUAAUGCUACACUGGACAGGCAUUUAGACUUCUUUGAAAUGAUGAGAAGUGAAGAUGAAAAACAAAUGGCAAAGAAAUUUGAAAAUGUACAUGUAGAUACAAAGAGUGCCUAUGGUAUGUUUGAUGUGCUGAGGAAGAAGUUGACCAUGUCGACGGCCUACUCCCACUUCAUGUCUUUACUACAACACCUCCUACUCUUCCCCUUUGGUAACGAUGCCAGUGUGGUGGCGGUAUGGCAGAUCGUCGAUCGCAUUGUCCAGCAGGUGGCUCUACAGCAGAAGAGCGGACAAGACCCAGACUGUACCGUAGUGGAAAUGAACGUUAAAGGACUCAUACGACAAAUGAGUAGUGAGUAUGAUAUCAAGACAUGGCAGCAGAAGAUACGGGAUCUAGAGAAAACCACAGACGAACUGCAAAACAAGGUCACCAAAAAAGAACGAGAAUGUGAAAUCAAAGCAGAGGAAAAGGAUGAACUGUCAUCUACAGUAACAAGAAUGAAGAACAAGUUGGAAAAGGAAAUGCAAGCUCAGCAGGAAAUGAAGCAGACGAUAGCAGACUACUCGGCUCAGAUAGAGGCUCUACGGAACCAGUUAUCUGCUGAGCGGGGUGAAAGACAAAAGCUGACACAUCUUGUGAAGACGGGCAGUCUUCCAGAUGAUGCCAAGAUGGGGUUGUCAACAGCGGCCAUCAUGGACAUAGGGAGUAAUGGCAUGUUACCUGACAUCAGUUCUAUUGGGGCUAAACCUGCUGGUCCUCCUCCCCCUCCCCCUCCUGGACCACCUCCUCCGCCUCCACCCUCUGCUCCAGGUGCCCCACCCCCACCUCCUCCUGGAGGUGGAUUCUCAAGCAAGCCAUCAGGACCACGCCCAAAAAAUCCUAUGAAGUCUUUUAACUGGACCAAGAUACCUGAUAUGAAACUAUCAGGAACUAUUUGGUCUGGUCUAGACACAAAAAAGGUAUUGAAGAUUUUAGACCUGGAGGAUUUUGAACACAAGUUUUCGGCCUACCAGAAGAAGCAGAAUGAGGAUGGUGAGGAAACAAACUCCACAAAGACCAAGAACAAGGAGUUGUGUGUGAUUGAUGGGCGUCGGGCACAGAACUGUACCAUACUUCUGUCCAAGCUAAAACUGACCAAUGAUGAGGUGAUGAAGGCCAUCCUGUCUGUAGACUCUCAGGAGGACCUCCCUCGGGACAUGGUAGAACAGUUACUGAAGUUUAUACCUACAACAGAGGAGGUCCAAUUACUAGCAGAACAUUCCAAGGAGGUUGAACAGAUGGCGCGGGCAGACAGGUUCCUGUACGAGGCCACGAGGAUAUCUCAUUAUCAACAAAGAUUGAACGCAUUAUAUUUCAAGAAAAAGUUCCAGGAAAGAAUCGGUGACAUUAGACCCAAGAUAAGUGCCGUUGUUAGGUCCUCACAAGACCUCCCAACAAAUAAAAAGUUUAAACAGUUACUGGAAAUCAUUUUGGUGCUUGGCAAUUUUAUGAACCGUGGACAGAGAGGAAAUGCCGGAGGGUACAGAAUAGAAAGUCUGAACAAGAUGUUAGACACGAAAUCCAGUGUAAACAGGAGCGUCACGCUUCUCCACUUCACAGUGGAGGUGAUAGAAAAACAGUUCCCUGCCUUACUGAAGUUGGAAAAAGAACUUGAUUGUGUAAAGGUUGCCGCUAAAGUCAAUUUGGCAGAGCUGGAUAAAGAUAUUGCUGUGAUAAAAGCUGGCCUAGAAGAAAUUGAAAAAGAACUUGAAUAUUUCCGAAACCAGCCUUCUCAUGAUAAACGUGACAAGUUUGUGAAUGUGAUGAAUGACUUCCACUCUGUGGCAUCCUAUAACUUUUCGGAGGUGGAGGAACAUCGGGAUGAGAUGCUUCAAAAGUUUGGUAAAUCCUUGAAGCAGUUCUGUGAGCAGGAGGCCUAUGACAACAAACCUGAUGAGUUUUUCAGCAUUAUAGAUUCAUUUCUUAGUUCUUUGACUGAAGCCAAGGCAGAGAAUGAGCGAAUCAAAAAACAGAAGGAGGAAGAGGAGAAAAAGGCUGUAUUUGAGGAAUCAAUAAAGAAGGAGCGUGAGAGACUGAGGAGUAGGAGAGCUGACAGCCCCAUCAGAAACGGAGUGGAGGCAAAGAAAUCUAACAAAGGAGAAUUUGAUGAGCUUAUCUCCGCGCUAAGGACAGGGGAUGUGUUUGGUGAUGAGUUCAAAGGUAGACGCAUCAGAAAGAAACCACCACCUAGCAAAGAUGAUACAAGGGAGAGAACUGGUCCAGUUUCUUAACAAUAAUUUGUGAAUAUUUAUGCAGGGGAAACAACUUGUACAGGCUUGUCUGUCUACGUGAGCUAGGCUCGCUACUGAUUCUUAGGUCAGAUAUAUUGGCAUCUCAAGUUUGUUUGAAUGAAUAGAGAUGCUGAAAAUUCUGUGAACAGAAGAAGAACAAAUGAAGAAGAUGAAGACUAACAAAGAGAAAGAAAAAAGAGUGUUUGAAGAAACUGGUCUUACAAUUAUUGUUCAGUAAAGUGUCUUUUUGCAGGAUCAAUAUCAAGUUUUAAUGUUAUACCAGCAUGCAUAUUACUACCAAUAGCUUUUCAUUGAGUAGGUUAAACAUGACUUAUAAUGGAAGUGUAGGAUCUGGAGGAUUGAAAGGAUUUGUCUAAUUGAUAAUGGAAGUGUAGGAUCUGGAG